CCUUUUAAGUCUUCUCUCUUCCUCCUUACUGAUUCUCGGUCCACUCCUCCUCACAUCUCUCUCCAAAAUGCCCUUCUACCCUCCUUCAUCGCCGCCUUUGCCCUCGGCCUCUGCCGACUGCUGUUCUCCCGCGCGACGCGCUCUUCUCCCCAGCUUCGAGCCCACGCCUUCAAAGUCCUCCUCCUCCCCGUCCUCCUCGCGCGUCCGCACUCCCUCCCGCAAACGCGCUCGCGACGACGAAGACGACGCUGCGCCUGGCAAGCAGCUCGAGCCGCCUGCCUACCCGACUCCGGCUCCUACCUCCUCCGCUGCCCUCACCGUCUCCUCGCCUACCUCGUCCGUCUCACGCGCACUCCUCGCGCUCGGCGGCGCUGAUAUCAACAAGAGCACCACCACCGCUCCCUCAAAACCAGCCCCUCUCUCCGCCUCCGCCGCCGUCCCAGUCCUCUCCUCCACAUCAUCAUCCACCACGACCCCCAGUCUCCGCGCGCCGCUCUCGACCGUCGCGCUCGCCCGCCUACCGCGCUCCGGCACAGAAGUCUCGCUAGGCCGCUCCUCGGCCUCCUCCACCGUCGUCCUCAGUCGCACCAACAAACUCAUCUCGCGCGUGCACAUCGUCGCGCGCUACCUCGAGUCCCACGACUCGAUCGAGAUCUCGUGUCAUGGCUGGAACGGCGCGCGCGUCGGCACACCCGCGCUCGAGCACGCGCUCGCAAAGGGCGAACGCGUCGAGAUCGGCGCCGAUACACCGAUCAUCAUCGACGUCUGCGGCGAGCGUGCGCGCGUGGAAGUUAUCGACGAUCGCGAGGCCGAAACUGACGCGCUCGAGGACGAUGAGGAAACCGAUGACGAGAUCUUUGUCAACCAUCCCGCCGCAAAACUCGGCAGCCCUACACCAAUGGUCGCCCCUACUAAUUCUACUUCUACCAUCAGCACCAAAAGCGGGCCUAUUUCUAACGCGCCUAAACGUGCGCGGGGUCCGGAGAACGUCGGGUUCAAAGUGUGGGAGGACAAAGAGGAGGACUCUGGUGUUACCAAGAAGGAGAAUGUGAGGAUUAAUGACGCGUCUCCUCUACCUUCAACCUCUUCAGAAAACGCGCCCGGAUCAGUCGCGUCGAGUAAAACCGUUAGCAUCCCUCAAGAACAAUCCACCGACCAAGAGAAUUCGAAGCAGCCUCUACAGCCUCAACAGCAAGAACAACAAGAGCCACAAGAACUCCAACAACAGAGCCGAGAGCCGUCGCCUGAAGACGAGCAAGACAAACUACGAAUCCACAUCAUCGCCCACCUUGCCUACUCCCGUCUCGCAUCAACGCCGCUUUCCGUCCUCCGCGCGUCGCUCCCGAUCAUCGAAUUCGUGCCCGACGACAAGCUCCGCAGCACCAUCAAAGACAUCGCGUGCGUGGGCGUGAUCCAGCGAAAGGGAAAAGAUGCGUCGGGAAAAAGACUCGAGGAGCAGUACUACUACAUUCCCGAGCAGGAUGAUGAUAUUCAUAGACGCGCCGCGGUCGAGGAGUUGAGAGGUGGCGCGGGAAUCAGAAGCUGCCGGAAAGUGCACAAGCAGUACUUCUGGAGAAAGCCUGCUGUGAAAUAGUUAGCUCAUAGUGAUUGCUCAUUUUUUUUCUAUCUUGUGUUUUGCUAGUGUAUUUUAGUGUACCAACAUCAUUGUAUUCUACUGUGCGUUUAUCUGUCGUGUCCUGCAGAUCUCUCCUUUAUUCGAAUUUUCUUAUUGCAUUUAGUAUCACGUCGGGAAUAAAUCGUUCUGCUUUCUUUCUUCUAAUAAACUUCUAUCGAUCUAUAAUCACACAACAACAAGCAAGAUCAAGAUAUGCUUACUCGUACGCAUACUGCAUAGCUGCAUCCUGAUCUCCUUCCCACUCCGCUGGACCAGCCAGAUUCCCACUUUUUUCAAACACCUCCACCACCCCCUUCCCUCGCCUCCUCUGCCUCCUCGAAGAAACGGGCAGAGCUAGCUGGAAUAGUCUGCGGUGGCUGGCUGGCCAUCGCUUGAUCUCUUUGUUUGUCCCAACCCAGCCACCUUCCUAAUUCGGAAGUCGCCCUCCCCUUCCACUUUGC